GGGACAUGGUUGGUUUGACGUCCAAGCACCGGCACGCAGCAUUGAUCGCGGGGUAUUUGAGCCUAAGGUCAACAUUCCUCGCCUCAUACCGCCUUAUCAGCCGGACCCUUGUUCCCUUCUCUAUCUCUCUCUCCUCCUUUCACAAGCUUUCUCUCUCUUCCCCUCUCCUUAAAAAGAGAGAGAAACCAACUGAACUCUCCCUUUCUCUCUCUCUCUGAAAACUCAAGCUUUAUAUCUCACUUACAGGAAAACCCACUUUCACUUUUUGACGCCUUCUCUCUGGUUCGGGAGAAUUGCUUGAGGAAGACAACUCUCUGGUUUUAAUGGGUGCCUGGUUCUAUUGGGUUCCAUUUCAUUGAAUUAAGUGCAUUUACUCGCUCGAAACCUUGGACUUUGUGUGUUCAGGGCUCCUUCUCCUCUGUUUUAGUAAAACCCGUUAGCAAGCUCUGUGUUUGUCCCUCUUUUCCUCUCACCCCAUCUCUGUUUCUCUAUUCUCUUUCGCUUCCUGGGUGCCUCUCUUCGGCAUACUCUUGUUCUUCUUCAUGGAAAAGGACAAGUUCCUCAUCAAUGGCAGCCCCCCAUCACUGAAUUACAGACACCCCUCCUCUUCUUCACCUGACUGGAACUCAGCCACCAUGAGAAUGCAAGGUGUUCCUGCUUCUUCUUCCUCAGAGCCAUUGCCCUCAUCUUUCCUCAACAUUAAUUGGGAUAGCUCCAUUGACCAAAGCGUCCCUUUCCAUUCAGCUUUGAGCUCCAUUGUUUCCUCUCCCACCUCUGGUCCCUCAGUUCCAGGUGACAGUGUAGUUAUCAGAGAGUUAAUAGGAAGGCUCGGAAGCAUAUGCAACAAUGAGGAGAUUUCACCUCAAUCACAAGCUUUUAGCUCGAAUUGCUACAGUACCAACACUUCUUGUUAUAGCACUCCUCUGAAUUCUCCCCCUAAAAUCAAUCUUGGAGUGGAUCACCAGGCUAUGGGAUCCAUACCCAUUCCUCCAAAUUCUCUCUCUACACCUCAUAGCUUAGCCCAAUUCUCUACUGAUCCAGGAUUUGCAGAGCGGGCUGCGAGGUUCUCAUGUUUUGGUAGUAGGAAUUUCAGUGGAAUUGGGACCCAAUUUGGGUACCAAGAUAACGAGCACCCCUAUAACAGAGCAUUAGGCUUAGAGAAUGGUAAAUUGUCUAGAGUUAGCAGUAACCAAUCUCUCAGGAAUGGGGUUUCAAUGGGGGAGAGUAAGGAAUUUGAUGGGUCUGAAACUGAGUUGAAAAAUGGAGAGAGAAAGAUGGGCAGGUUAGUAUCGCCUGUCGUCUCUGAGGAAGUGAGGAACAGGAAUAAUGGGAGUUUUUGUAAUGAAUCUGAUGAUGCUGAGAUUAGUACUGGAAGAGAGGAAUCAUCAGCUUCUGAUCUGAUUACAGGUGUGGAGAAUGGAGCAAAGAACAUGAGUGAGACUACUGGUAGAAAGAGGAAGGCGAUCCCCAAGGGAAAACCCAAGGACCAGCCCUUGUCUCAGAAUGGGAAGGACAUCAAGAAUGCGGAAACUGAUGAAUCAAAAUCUAAGAGAAGCCGAGAUGGCAGCGCUGAAAAGGAAGAUGUAAAGCCAAAGACUGAACAGAAUGGUGGUUCGAGCUCUGGAGAUGGUGGGAAUAAGCAAACAAAGGAGACCCAAAAGCCUCCUGAACCACCUAAGCAGGAUUACAUCCAUGUUAGAGCAAGAAGGGGUCAGGCCACUGAUAGUCACAGCCUUGCUGAAAGGGUGAGAAGAGAAAAGAUCAGUGAGAGGAUGAAGUUUCUGCAAGAUCUUGUUCCUGGCUGCAAUAAGGUGACUGGGAAAGCAGUUAUGCUUGACGAGAUCAUAAACUAUGUACAAUCUUUGCAACGCCAGGUCGAAUUCCUUUCGAUGAAGCUUGCAACCGUAAAUCCCAGACUGGAUUUCAACAUGGAGGGGCUUCUCUCUAAGGAUAUGCUUCAAUCAAGAGGCGCUUCACCUCAUAUGGUGUACCCCUUGGAUAGCUCUUCAGUAUUUCAAUAUGGUCACCAGCAAAACCAUGGGCCUCUUCAGAGUGCCAUGUCUGCUGGAUCUCUGAACAUGCAGAUACCCGCUAUUGAUGGUUAUGCUGAUGCUGCAUCUCAGUUUUCAACCAUAUGGGAUGAUGAGCUCCAAAGUGUCGUUCAGAUGGGUUUCGGGCAGAACACAUUCUCAACUCAGAGCUUUCAUGGAUCUUCAACAUUGCCUGCAACGCACAUGAAAAUCGAGCUCUAAGGCUCUCUUCACCCCAUCUGCGAAUUUUAACAAGGAGCUCUGGUUCAAAAGGAGCCGUGCCUUCUGUAUAUAUAUGGAGAUCUUGGAGUAGAAAGCGAAUGGACCUCAAAAAUACUGAUCUAUCCAUGAGGUCCAAGCCAUCCUCCUGUUAGAGAUGUUUGCUUCGCUCUUCAGUGACCGAUUCUUUUCACGAUUUUUCAAUGUAAAAUCAUUAGACUAAUUUCAAACUGUGGUGCUAAGAAUAUAUGCCACCACAUGUAAGAUGUAAUAUUUUUAGAAAGGAAGAGGGCUUAGCUUCUCAUCCUUAUCGGACCCCGUAAUAUGUUGCUCUCUUUCAAGAUUAUUAUUAAUUCAUUGUGAUCUCGGUUAUUUGGCCUUAA